CAGGAGUCCGCCGGAAGUCUCCGGCGGGCCCGGGAGGAGCUGGCACGGUUCGGCUGGCUGUUGGCCGAGCCUGGCGAUGUAGUCUCCUGGAGAAAGCAUGCCUCCUGCAGUUUGGGGUGCUACCUGUUGUGCCAGGCGCUUACUGCUGCCCAAGAGGAGCUGCCGUUUGAAUUCUCCAUGAAUGUUGGGAAAAGGAAUGCCAGAGCUGCCUGCUGAAAAUUAUCCAGCCAAGAUAAAUGUGUAGGCUGGUGACCCUGGAUUACCUCUUGCAGGCAGGAGAUGCCCCCAAACAGACCACAGCAUUAGAUUCAGAAACUUUAUCCUGAAGGGGAGAGCUCAGGACCAUCGAGGAGGCCCCACUGAGAGCUUCCAGGAUGGACUUUCUGGUUCUUUUUUUGUUCUACCUGGCUUUGGUGCUGAUUGGUAUUGUUACGAUUUGCAUCUGCUCGAAAAACUAUCGCUUGAAAGGCCUGGUCAGGGGAGGAGCACAGAUAUUUUCCUGCAUAAUACCACAGUGUUUCCAGGAAUCCCUGCAAAAAUUACUUCAUUACCUCUUCUAUACACGAAAUCAUACCUUCAUUAUCCUGCACCUGGUCGUACAAGGGAUGGUUUAUACUGAAUACACCUGGGAAAUAUUUGGCUACUGUCAGGAGCUGGAGUUCUCCUUGUAUUACCUUAUUCUGCCCUACCUGCUCCUGGCUAUAAACCUGAGUUUUUUCACCCUGACCUGUGUAGCCAAUCCUGGCACCAUAACAAAAGCAAAUGAAUUAUUAUUUCUUCAAAUUUAUGAAUUUGAUGAAAUGAUGUUUCCAAAGAAUGUCAAGUGCCCCACUUGUGAUUUAAGGAAACCAGCUCGAUCCAAGCACUGCAGGCGUACCCAAGACUAUAGACUAACAGAAAUAUCACGUGUAUGUAACUGGUGUGUGCACCGUUUUGACCAUCACUGUGUUUGGGUGAACAACUGCAUUGGGGCAUGGAAUACCAGGUACUUCCUCAUCUACCUCUUCACGUUGACAGCCUCAGCUGCCACCAUGGCCAUUGUGAGCACUGCGUUUCUAGUCCACUUGGCGGUGGUGUCUGAUCUAUACCAAGAGAUUUAUAUCGAUGACUUCGGACGCUUCCAGGUUAUGGACACGGUCUUUCUUAUUCAGUACCUGUUCCUGACCUUUCCAAGGAUUGUCUUCAUGCUGGGCUUUGUCCUGGUGCUGAGCUUCCUCCUCGGGGGCUACAUGUGCUUUGCUCUGUAUCUGGCUGCCACCAACCAGACUACUAAUGAGUGGUACAAGGGCGACUGGGCCUGGUGCCAACAUUGCCCCCUUGUGGCCCAGUCCCCAUCAGCAGAGCCCCAAGUCUACAAGAAUAUUCACUCCCAUGGGCUUUGGAGCAACCUUCGAGAGAUCUUUAUACCUGCCUUUCCACAUUAUGAGAGAAAGAAGAAAUAACAAUGAAGAAUUUUACUGCUUUUUAAAUAUAAUAUACCU